AUGAUAUUGGACUGGACACUCGAUAUGAUCCCAAGCCUUGAGUGGUAUGCUGAUCGUUGUUGUGCGGCUAGUAUCGAGGCAUCUUUUAUGCAUUAUUUCUAUAUUGAAGACGGUUAUGCAAACUGGAUUAACCCACGUCUUGAUACUAUCGCCAAGCGGAAGGACUACCUCGUCUGUGUGGAAGCAGUAGUCAUCCACGCGAGCUUUAAAGCCGCUGCUGAUUCAGGGCUCUUUGGUCUAUUGGUCGAUGCCCCCGUGCAGUUAGUUGACGCUACCGACGUUACAAAGAUCGCCCAGUUUCAAGACUUAUGGGCGACUAACCCUCAACGUGAUCUGACGCCCGAUAGCUUUUUCAGGGACCAGAAAAGCUUUCAGGCCCGUCUUGCGCGGUGGUGCGAUGAGCUCCGAUCUCUAUGGGUUUUUAACGAGUGGUAUAAAGCGUACACACGCAAGAAUGGCUGGCUUGGAAUUGUCAAGCCUGAAGAAAUCUGGCUGGGUCCUCGAUACGAUGAGUUCGGUAGUGAGCGUGACAUGUUACUACCUGGGUGUUUGUGUUCAGACGAGGUACCGAAAGACUUGGACUACGAUCUUUUCUCCCCGAACUUCGAUCAUCCUUUUGUGCAGCAAGCUCUGGCGGUGAUGCCGCGAUUCCAACCCCGAAUUUUGUUUCGACUAUGCCCCCUGGACUGUCAUCUACAGGAAAGGGGAUGA